GUUUACGCAGGGAGUUAUGGAUUCGCAGGGGUAUCAAUUACAGGAUCGGGAAGGUUCAGAAACAACAAAGAAUUUUGGGCAAUAAGAUCCGGCGAGAUCAACAAGGAUUAUAUCGAAGAGGGAUACUAAGGAAAUCAAAGGCGAGAUUGGGGUUCUCAAGAAAUCAAGAUAUCCUCUUGGAGGGAAAUGAAGAGUUCAUUGCAGGUGAUGAGGAAUUUCAAAAUCUAACUGAUGGUGAGAUGGAGGAGUUGGAUACUUUACAAGUGGACAAUGAUGGGGUUAUGGAACCGGGUGCUCAGAACAUAGCAGGCGGGGAAGAGGAGAAGAAGAAAGGAACUCGCAAAGCUUUGUUUAAGCCAACCUCGCUGGCGGUAGGAACUUCGAAGAAACUGUUUGUCCAGGCAGUGUUAUCACCAAGGAAAAAGGUUCAGGGUAAGGUAGGAAAGAAGCAGGGAAAAGUCACAAGAAAGAAAGAGGAUAAGGGCCCUUCAAACCCGAUCUUCUUCAUGAUUUUAUAUCCAGUGGAGAGCAGUGAAGUGAUGUCCUGUGUGUUGUUGGUGUUUUGCAAUUUUUUUCCUUUAGUAAUAAGCUCUGUGAGCGUUUUCUUGUUGCUGGUUUUAAGGUUGUUUAGGCAUAGUGUUGGCCUUCUUUUGCUUGCUUGUUAUAAUCGUGAGUUACGGUUAAGGAAUAAAAUGGUUGUUUUGGGUUUAAUUGUAAUUGGUAUUAUGGUAUCUGGUCAAAGUGCGUUAUGUGGUAUGAUGGGUUUACAAUGGAAUCUGGUUCAAGUGUGUAAGCGAUGGGUACUAUGGACUAAAUUGGCAAGCAGCAAACAAGGUCAAAGGUAUGUAAUUUGCUUCAGUCAAAUGAAAUUUUAUAUUGGUCUUGGGGGAGAAAAGAAUAAUUUUGGUAAAUCAGAGAGAAAAAUAAGCGUAUUAUGGUGCUUGGAAGUUCUACUAAGCUUGUAUAAAAGGAAGAUGGAAUCUUUGGUUGCUGACGUUCGUUUGGUUACUAUGGAUACAAUGGAGAUUAAACAAUUAUACCAGAAUGUGGUAUUUAUUUUUUCUGCAGGGAACAAGGAAGCUGUGUGUGUUUGCUGGCGGUUUUUCAUAAGUUCAUUAGACAUGAGCAGUGUGCAAGGUUGGAAUUGGAUUAUCUUAAUAUGGUUACGGUUGUUGGGAUCAAGAAUAAGGGAUAAAGGGAGAUCAUUACCUCCACAAGUCUUGGCUCGAUGGAGCUUACUUUAUAAUAUUUUUUAUGAAAGUACUCAGUUGGAAUUGUCGUGGCAUGGGAAGUAAAUGGACUAUAAGUUACCUCCGGGAAAUUUGGUACAAAUAUAAACCUGAUUUUUUAUUUUUAUCUGAAA